AUGCGCCGGCCAAGCACGACCUCGCUCCUCAUCCUCUCCGGCGCGAUCCAGCUCGGGCUACUAGCAUACGCAGCGUACGUCGACGCGCACCCCGAGAAGUUUGGCGGACUGCGGUACACCGACGUGGACUGGCGCGUCGUCGCCGACGGCCUGGCCAUCACCGCGUCCCCUUCCUCCUCGCAACGAGCCUCCGGGCCCUUGGCACCAAGCUUCGUGGGCAGCCCGUACCACCGCGCGACGUUCCGCUAUACGCCACUACUCGUCCUCGUGCUUGCGCCGGCGCUCGUCGCGACCCUCGCCGGCCGCCUCGUGCUCGUCGCGCUGACGCUCGCGCUCCCGCCGCUGCUGCUGUCCACCGGCGCAGACUUCUGGAAGACGCACCUGCUCUGGACGCUCAACCCCAUCGUGCUGAACAUCACCACAAGGGGAAGCCCCGAGGCGCUGCCGUGCUUGUUCACUGCUGCGCUUGUCGUCGCUUUGCGUAAGGGCGGGGUGGGGUCGGUGCCCGCGUCGACGGGCGACGGAGGCAAGGCCGCGGCGACUCGCGCACUCGACGCCGCGGCCGCGCUGCUUGCCAUCUCGGCCAGCUACAAGAUCUACCCCGCCAUCUAUGUCAGCGCCAUCUGGGCUGCCCUGGCGCAGAAGUACGGCUGGUUCGGGGCGCGUGUCUGGCGCUUCGGCUUCGUCGCGGCCGGUACGGCACUGCUGCUGAACGGGGCAUUGUAUGCGAUCUGGGGCCACGAGUUCCUCCACCACACCUUCCUGUACCACCUCUCGCGCCUCGACCACCGGCACAACUUCUCGCCCUACUUCCUGCCCAUCUACCUCAACCUCACGCUGCCGGACACCACGCCGUCCGCACUCCUCGCGGUCCUGCGACACCCCCUCGCGUCCUUCCUGCCCCAGGUAUCCCUCGUACUCGGCGCCGGGUUCGCGCUCACCCCCGCGAUCGGGCUCGAAGCAGCCAUGUUCUUCCAGACGGCGCUGUUCAUCGUCUUCAACAAGGUCUGCACCAGCCAGUACUUUCUCUGGCCGCUGCCCCUUGUCCCGCUCGUGUCCUUCCCCGGCCUCAGCUGGCGCACUCUUGCUGUGUGCCUCGCGGCCUGGGUCGGCGCGCAGGCACUCUGGCUUGCUACGGCGUACAUGCUAGAGUUCCUCGGCGAACCAGUCUACCUCCCUCUGUGGGGUGCUGGGCUGCUCCUCUUCGCUGUCAGUGUCGCUGGGCUCGGUGCGCUCCUCGACGGCGCGGUCGCCCCAACCAAGGUUUCCAAGUAA